ACUUCACUAACUUUGUGGAAGUUCCCUGCAGUCCUGGUUCGCUGUGCAGGCGCGUACACCCUCUGCAGUCACAGCUAGUCUUUAUCAUGUAUGACAGCCAUGCUCCGCAGCUUCUCCUGUCUAUAUUCCUCUUCUGUUUCGGAGUGAAGGCGAUGACUGAUCACUCCUGUUAUGACACGGACUUGGUGGACAUGGUGGUCCCCGUGGAGCUCUCUGGAGAGGAGGCUCACCUGUUGCAUGACUCAUCCAGGCGCAGCGCGCGUCGGCGCGGCCAGCGCUCUGUCGAUUCCCGGGGUGGACUAAACUCUGUGGAGGACACCUUAUUUUUCUCUUUACCUGCUUUUGGAAAAGACCUGUACUUACGCCUGAAAAGGGAUGCCGCUUUUCUGUCUGAGGGGUUUGUGGUCGAGGAGAGGGGAGGCGAAACAGACCCCCCUAAAUGGUCGCACCUGGCCAGAGACCAGCUCUGCUUCUACUCGGGAUGGAUUGUCAACCACACCGACUCUUUUGCCUCCCUCAACACCUGCAGCGGUCUGACUGGACUGGUCUAUACAGGAGAGGACAGUCUCUUCAUCCAGCCGGUCAACAGUUCUUCCGACUCCUUUUCCGGGCUGCAGCACAGGGUGGUCCGACACCGCCGCUCAGCCAAGACCAGCCCUCCUUCUGCCCCUCCCCCUGGAUUCACAGCUGCAGACAAGCAGCCCAAGGACUGCGGCACCAUUCCAGUGAGAAAGAAGAGGCAGAAGGGAGUGGAGGAGGGCCGUAGAAGGAGAAACACCAUCCAUCUGAAUGGGUUGUAUACGGUAGAGACGGUGGUGGUGGCAGACUCAGACAUGGUGCAGUACCACGGGGCAGAGGCCGCGCAGAGAUUCCUGCUCACCGUCAUGAACAUGGUGUACAACAUGUUUAACAGCAAGAGUCUGGGCGUCAGAAUCAACAUACGGGUCACCAAGCUGGUCCUGCUCCACAACCGCCCAGACAAGCUGAAAGUGGGCCACCACGGAGAAAGGGCCCUGGAGAGCUUCUGUCAGUGGCAGUGGGAGGAGUACGGCGGCCCCCGUUACUUAGGCAACAAUUACGUGCCCGGGGGCAGGGAUGACAUCCCACCUGUGGACACGGCCGUGCUCGUCACUAGGACUGACUUCUGCGUGCACAAAGACCAGCCCUGUGACACAGUGGGUAUUGCCUAUCUGGGAGGGGCAUGCAGCUCCAAGAGGAAGUGUGUUCUGGCCGAGGACAACGGACUCAACCUGGCCUUCACCAUAGCCCACGAGCUGGGACACAACAUGGGGAUGAGCCACGAUGACGACCAUGCUACCUGUACAGGCCACUCCCACAUCAUGUCUGGCGAAUGGGUGAAGGGCCGUAACCCCAGCGACCUGUCAUGGUCCCCCUGCAGCCGUGACGACCUGGAGAAGUUCCUCAGGUCCAAAGCCAGCAGCUGUCUGCUCCACACAGACCCCAGAAGCCGCUACAAGGUCCGCCUGCCACCCAAGCUGCCAGGCAUGCACUACAGUGCAGACGAACAGUGUCAGAUCCUCUUUGGAACCAACGCCACCUUCUGCAAUGACAUGGAGGUACACACACAUCACCUGAUGUGCGCGGGCCUGUGGUGUUUGGUGGAAGGAGACAAGUCCUGUAAGACCAAGCUGGACCCUCCUCUGGACGGCACAGAGUGUGGAGCUGACAAGUGGUGCCGGGCAGGGGAGUGUGUAAGUAAAAGCCCUAUCCCACAGCAUGUGGAUGGGGACUGGAGCAUCUGGAGUCAGUGGAGCCAGUGCAGUAGAACCUGUGGCACCGGAGCCCAGUUCAGACAGAGGAAAUGUGACAACCCGCCGCCAGGUCCUGGUGGUAGUAACUGUCAGAAGGCCAGUGUGGAACAUAAAGUGUGUGAAGGUCCUCCCUGCCCUAAAGGAACACCCAGCUUCAGAGAGCUGCAGUGUCUCUCCCAUGACCGCCAGGCCGGCAAGAAGAAGAACAGCAUAUGGACCGCAGUCAAUAACGAUGAGAAGCCAUGUGCCCUGUUCUGUUCCCCUGUGGGGAGAGAUGCCCCCAUCCUGGUGGCAGAGAGAGUGAUGGAUGGAACACCAUGUGGACCCUACGAGUCAGACCUGUGUGUCAAUGGCAGGUGUCAGAAAAUCGGCUGCGAUGGCAUCAUCGGCUCGUCAGCCAAGGAGGACCGCUGUGGGGUGUGUAACGGAGACGGACACUCCUGUAAGAUUGUCAAGGGAGACUUCAACCACACCAAGGGCAGGGUCUCCUCUAGCCACUGUAAGAGGGUUUCUACCUGUGUGAUGGCUAAACCAAGGGCUGUCCCCAAGUGUUUCUCAUGUUACAUCGAGGCUGCUGUCAUCCCCGUUGGUGCUAGGAGAAUCAAAGUUGUGGAGGACAAGCCCUCACACAGCUUUCUGGCAAUGAAAGACUCUACCAAGAGGUCCAUCAACAGCGACUGGAAGAUUGAGCUUCCUGGAGAGUUCCAGCUGGCCGGCACUACAGUGCGCUACGUCCGGAGAGGACUCUGGGAGAAAAUGUCCGCCAAGGGACCCACCAAGACCCCGCUGUACCUCAUGGUGCUGUUGUUCCAUGACCAGACCUAUGGGAUACACUAUGAGUACACAGUGUCUCUGAACGUAACUGAACGUGAUGAUGUCAGUGAGGAGCAGAGAGCACCAGAGCACCUCUACCUUUGGACACACAGCUCCUGGCAAGACUGCAACGUACAGUGUGGAGGAGGUGAGAGGAGGACAGUGGUGUCCUGUAUGAGGCUGGUCAAUAAAAGCAUGACUCUGGUGAAUGACAGCCUCUGCCAACCAGAGAACAGGCCGUUACCCCAAGUACGACGCUGCAACUCACACCCCUGCCAGUACAGGUGGGUGACAGGGGAGUGGGGCCAGUGUUCGGUGACGUGUGGGAAGGGUCUCCAGCUGCGUGAGGUGGGCUGUGUGUACCAGCUGCAGAACGGAUCCCUUAUCCACACACGGGACUUGUACUGCCAGGGGGGCAAACCCCCCGCCCUGCAGGGCUGCGAGGGACGCCACUGCCUCACUGCCUGGGAGGCCUCUGAGUGGUCCAAGUGUUCUUCAGACUGUGGCAGUGGGGUCCGUCGGAGGACAGUGAGGUGCACCAACCCCCAGGGGAACUGUGACCCCCUCUCUCAGCCUGCUGACCAGGAGCCCUGUGAGGACCACUCCAAAUGUUACGAGUGGAAGACUGGGGACUGGUCCAAGUGCUCAUCAUCCUGUGGGAAGGGCCUGCAGUCCAGAGUGGUCCAAUGUAUGCACAGAGUGACAGGUCGCCACGGUAAUGACUGCCCCGUGGUGUUCAGACCACCCACCUACCGGCCCUGUCACCAGGAGGCCUGCAAUGACAAAGUCAACGUCAACACCAUCACCUCCCCCAGAUUAGCUGCUCUGACCUACAAGUGCACAGGAGACCAGUGGACUGUGUACUGCCGUGUGAUCCGAGAGAAGAACCUGUGCCAGGACAUGAGAUGGUACCAGCGCUGCUGCGACACCUGCAGAGACUUCUACGCCAACAAAACACCCCGCAAGAGUUAAUGAUGAAAGCACUCACACACAUACUGUACACAGACAGACACACACUUCACCUAGGGCUACGACUUUAGAUGCUUCUGUAACACUUGACUUAAAGCUUGCGGGUAUAAUGCUUUGUAAGUCGUUAUAAGCAUGAAUGAGCCUUUAUAAUGUGUUAUAAUAAGGCUUAUGAUAUGAUAUGUCUCUCUAUGUAUCAGCAUGUUAACCGACUCAAAAUGUCUGUUAUUUAACCUGCUUGAGGAGAUGAUACUAAAUAUUGUAAGGGUCUCGUGGCAGGUCUUUAUGCCGGCAGGCUUUAAGUAAAGAGUUACGGAUGUUUCUACUGAAUUAUUCAGAUUCUUAUUAUUAAUUAUAGGACAUUCAAUUUUGGAGAAAACAAGUGGAAAUGAGUGCAGAGACCAUUUCAAGUGGGAUCAUAAGCUUGCUGUUGUCAUGAAGACUUGAAAACCUUCUGUAACUUGUUUUAUUGCUGUAAACCAAAGCGAGGGACUUGGAAGUCUGGGGAGUCUCUCGGUGGGUAGCCUGUCGCAUCAACGUUUGUUGUACAGUGUGAUUUACCAUUAGCGUUAACAUAUGUGAUAACUCUUUAUGUGGAAAGGUCAUUGUUGUCAGAUUGUCUAUAGAUGCUCAGUGAACUAUCAGAACAUGUCUGAUCUUCUUCCCCGGGCCCUGAAGAAGUGGAUGUGGAUUAAGGCAGCCACCCUCACCUCUCUGAUUCGGAGGGGUUGGGUUAAAUGCGGAAGACACAUUUCAGUUGAAUACAUUCAGUUGAACAACUGACUAGGUAUCCCCCUUUCCCUUACUUACAUAGAUAGAAUGUAUGUACAUCACAGGAGGCUGGUGAGGGGAGGACUGCUCAUAAUAAUGGCUGGAAUGGAAUGGUAUCAAAUGUUUGAUGUGUUUGAAACCAUUCCAUUUAUUCCGUUCCAUCCGUUACUAUGAGCCCAUCCUUCCCAAUUAAGGUGCCACCAGCCGCCUGUGACAUACAUACAGUACUUACACACACAUACAUUAAAAGACCUGUAAGGGCUUUGUUAUUGCAUGUUAACAGAGGUGCAGUUGACAUGUAAUACAUCUAAAUGGUAGUUGGUACGUAGUCUGAGCAUGUAGAUCUGUAGGGGACUAUCCAGAUAAAGUGGGCCUGUAUAUUCUCUUGUGUUUAGUUCAGCUGGCCCUGUAUUCACCAAGCCACUGGCUGGCCACUCACUAGACUGGGCCAAGAGACCUGGCUCGUGUUCAUUAGGCACCAGAUGGACUGAAACAGGUAGGGACUACUUGAACUUGUUCAAUAAGAAACGCUAAUUUUCUUUUUUCCGCUGCAACGUUUGAAAACUUUUCCCAUUGUGUGCUUUGAUGAACAUGACCCGGGUUUCUUCUCUUAGGGACAAACCGUAACUUGAUGUCUUGAGAGAACGUGAAUUUCGCAUUGACAUCAAUCCAUAAGCUAAGUCUUGGUUACACAUUUGGAUCUCAAGUUAGGAUUUGUCCCUUAGUUCCACGAUAGAUUAUGUGUACUUACAUUUUGUUGUUGUUUUUUGUUGAUGUCAUUGUCAUUUUUUGGCGGUUGUUGUUAUUUAAAACUAGUCAGGAGCCGUUGUAAGGUACUGUAGUUCUACAUUGAAAUUAUCAAGCUAACGAUAGGAUAGGCCUGGUUCACUAUUCCCUAGGCUCACCUGAAGGCCUUGGACAGCCCAUGUAGCAUCCGUCUCUCUCCUGAGGAUCCAAUGUAGGAGACAGUGCAGUGGUGGGGGUGUAAUUUAAGAGAAGAUUAGAUGUAUCUUAAGUUACUGUCGUCCUACAGUUAACCACAUACAGUGUAUUCAGUACUGUAUAUGUGAGUGGAAUCCACAACCCAGUGUCAUUAACAACUUGCUCCAACUACGCUCCAUGAACCAACUGAGCAAUCUGGGUGAAGCAGGUUGCAGCUAUAUUGUUAGGUUCAAUGUAAAACACUAAUCCCUGUAUCAUGUGUGUAUCUGUUGUCCUCCCUUGGUGCUUGGUACAUCGUCAUGACGUAAACUAGUCUCUGGUUUUAAACUUCACACUUACUCCAAACCAGGUGUUUGUUAACAUUUCCAUACAUCAUGAAACUUGAAAUUGGUUUUAACUAUUAAACAGUAAUUCAAACACAAUGUGAGGCUUACACCGAUUUCAACAGCUUGUCCUUAUGCAUGAGUGUGGCAAACGUAGACGUCACAAACAUCUACAUGUAAACAUUAAUGGAGGCAGCGUUAUGUUUGCUACAAAAUGAUGGUGCAGUAGAUAACUGACUGUAAAUAAUGUACAGUUAGUUAUCACAGACAUUCUUUAUCCAUAAAUGACGAAGUGUCUCCAGUUGUGUUCCCGUUUUACAGAUUAUGACUUAAAGGGGUAAUCUCCAGUUGUGUUCCCGUUUUACAGAUUAUGAUUUAAAGGGGUAAUCUCCAGUUGUGUUCACGUUUUACAGAUUAUGAUUUAAAGGGGUAAUCUGCAGUUGUGUUCCCGUUUUACAGAUUAUGAUUUAAAGGGGUAAUCUGCAGUUGUGUUCCCGUUUUACAGAUUAUGAUUUAAAGGGGUAAUCUGCAGUUGUGUUCCCGUUUUACAGAUUAUGAUUUAAAGGGGUAAUCUGCAGUUGUGUUCACGUUUUACAGAUUAUGAUUUAAAGGGGUAAUCUCCAGUUGUGUUCACGUUUUACAGAUUAUGAUUUAAAGGGGUAAUCUCCAGUUGUGUUCCCGUUUUACAGAUUAUGAUUUAAAGGGGUAAUCUGCAGUUGCUACAUACAUUUUUUGAUUUAUAAAUGAGCUCAGGUCAACUGUCUUCCCCAUCAGAACCCCAAAUGCUUGUUUUACAUGUAAACAAACACUAUGAAGCCUUAAAACAUGGUUAAAACUAUCAGCUUCAUAUCAUGGAUGGUCAGUCCUUGCAUCCAUAGCUCGGUCUAUGAAUUUGAUAGUGGUUACAUUUCUCCAGACUUUUUUGAUUGUUUAAACUGCUGAUUGACGCUUUCCAAGUGUAUUACGUAACAUUCAGCACUGUAGUGUAUAUCUUUGGCACUGGCCUAGUUCUCCUGGUUCUUGGAGUUGGCUGAAGCAGAAACAGAUCUAGAGUUACCCCCAGGUAGAGACCCUGUCCCUCAGGUAGAGACCCUGUCCCCCAGGUAGAGACCCUGUCCCCCAGUUAGAGACCCUGUCCCCCAGGUAGAGACACUGACCCCCAGGUCAGGAAGACCCCAGGCAGAGACCUUGGCCCCCAGGUCAGGAAGCCCCCAGGCAGAGACCUUGGCCCCCAGGCAGAGCCCCCAGUAUUGGGAUAAGAGCUGAUAUGGGCCCAGGUCAAAACAGAGAAAACAAACAGCCCAGCUCUCAAAACUCCUGAGUCCCACAUUUCCAACCCUUCAGAGCAGAAACCAUUAAUCAAUCAAACAAUCUAACAUGGUACUGUUUACCUAUGUGUUCAGAACACGUAGGACAGAGGACCACCCUGGCGGUACCGUGUGUGUGUGUUUGCAUGCGUGUGUGUAAUCGAUGAUUGUCUCCGUGGUACGCGCCGUCAGUGGGGAGAUCUUCAUUGAAAAGGUCACACUGUUCACACUUUGAAGACAGACUUGCAAAGAAAACAUCCCGGUUAAAGACAUGCUCCGGUACUUUGGUGAAUAAGAAAGUAUUUUGUAACCCUCCCCCUUUGGACUGGAUGUGUCAAUGUGUAGUUCAUACAUGCAUAAUCUAUGAGCAGAAUUACUGUCUUGCCUCAAUUAGCCAGAAAUUCCUAGUUUGAAGCUGUGCCAAGCCAUUUUCCUUACAUUUCCCCCCUCGUGGGCCAGCCUCCUAGCAAUUUGAGUUCUAGCCAAUAAGCUUCAGCCCUUCGAGUGACAGCUAGCAAGAGGCUUGCCUAGUUAUUCAAUGAGGUUGGAGGGUGGGCCCAACGGCUCAGUGGACGAGAGAGAGAGCGAGAGAGAGAGAGAAAGAGAGAGGGGCCCAUCACACAAUAAAUACUCAUACAAAACCACAGUUACACAUCAAUUAAAAACACAACUCCAAUUCCUCAUCCACAGUAACUAAACACAACAGCCUCUGAAUACCCCAUAUACUCAAAAACAGAUCAAUAUUGUUGACAAGUUUAUAAUAGGCAAGCUCAACCCUUAGUCUCGCUGCCAACAUUCCCUCCAGCAUUCCCACCACAUCCACAGACCCCUGUCCCCGAAUACUGUUCUUUCGGGUCUCCAUAUCGCUAAUUUUGCUGCCCCUAACACAAAAUUAAGCAACACAACUACACCCUUUUGAAUGAACCUCUACUUUGGCCCAAAUAUAUACAGUUGGGAAGAGAAAACCUCUCCCAACGUUGAGAACCAAUCAGUGAUCAGUUCAAUCACCCCGACCAACCUGGGACACAGUAAAAACAGAUGUGCCAGAGAUUCAGACUCAGCACAGAAUGGACACCCCUCCCCAACAGUAGGGUCCAGGUGUACCAGAUGCAUGUUGGUGGCUAUGGCUCCAUGUAUUAUCCUCCAUUGGAGGACAGCUGUGCUCUUAUCAAUAGGCAGUUUGUAUAAUGAUCGCCAACAGCCUUUUGGAGAGGCACCUGGAGCAAGCACACCCGCCCACCUCGUCGAUUUUACCCCUUCCAGGGAAGAGGCAUGGCAGCACUAACAAUCAGUGCAGGGAACACAUAAUCCAGACCCUCCUUCCACCGAUCAGAAUUGGAAGUGUCAGUCACAUACUGCAGAAGAAGCACUGGCAAGGAGUCACAUACCUCAGCGACGACCUUCCUCAGUAGGCGAGAUGAUCGGAUCCCCGCUCUUUCUCCCAGCUCCUCCAACGAUCUGCUCCUGCUCCGCAUCAGAUGACCCAGCUUGGUACACCCCACGCCUAACAGGCAUGAACGUAGGCUAGCUGAACCCAAAACACUGGACUGGAUGGCAGUGUUGUGAAAAAGAGGCUCUUCAAAAAGCCACAUCCCUGGUGGCGUGCCAGCUUUACAGGACUUGACAAGGACUCUCCAAGCCUGCAUAACAGACUCAUAAAAUGGAGUCAGGCCAGACAAAUCACUCCCCUCCAGCUUUCAGAGGAAAAUGUGCUUGUCUAAGCCCAAACAGCCCAGUAUCCUCAUCAAUGUGUAGGCUGUUUCGACCCAGCUAAAACCGUCUCUGUACAACAAACUCUGGGCUGCUUGAAGCCGGAAAGCCAUGAUUCUAGAGGAAAUGUCCACCAGGCCUUGCCCACCCUCGUGCAGUGGCAGGUACAGGGUGCAGCUUUAAUCCAGUGUUGUCCAGACCAGAAGAAAUUGACAAGGGACCUCUGAAGUUCUUGUAUCAGACCCUUUGGUGGCUGCAAAAUCAUUAGUCUGUGCCACAGGUUAGAGGCAGCAAGAUUAUUAGCUACCAGUACCCUUCCCCUAUAAGACAGCUGGGGCGGCACCCAUUUUCAUCUUGACAGUCUGGCACACACCUUCUCCACUACACCCUCCCAGUUAUUUUUCUGAAAGACAUCGGAGCCUAGAAAAAACCCCAAAGUCUUCAUCCCAUCUCUGCCCCACUGAAGUCCCCCUGGUAACCGUGGAGCGGACAACGUCUGAAGCUGACCUUCCCACAGCGCUUCACCCAAUUGACUCUAGCUGAGGAGGCCCCCUCAAACACCUUUAGAGCGUUUGAGAGAACCUUAACAUCCUCAGCCCCUGUAAUAAAAACUGUCAGGUCAUCUGCAUACGCAGACAGUGCGAUCAUGGGACCCUUCAUUACUCCCGGCACAGAGAAAUCAGUAAGCUUCGCUCUUAAAAAACAAAGCAUUGGUUCAAUCGCGAGACUAUAUAACUGCCCUGAAAUGGAUGGGGCAACUCAAACCACCCACCUUCACCAUACACGAGGCCCCAGCAUGCAGUAAAUUCAUCCAAGACAAAAUUCAUCUCCCUUUUCGGGCAAGCAUGUCGCUUAUGGCCAACAUCCCCACACUCAAAACACCGUUGACUACCCGUACUAGCAUAAGCCAUAUACAGUCUGUUGUCAUACUUAUCUUUAAACGAUGACUCCAAAGUCUGCUCCGGUGAGUCCAAAAACAUAAACACCUGUCGCCGAAAUGACAUUACCUGUUUCAACGCCGGGUGUUUGCAACCCAACGGGACAACCUUAAUUGAACUGGCGAACUUCCCAAAGCGCAAUAACUCGCGCUCCAAUAGCUCAUUGGGAAUAAACGGCGGUACAUUUGAAAUCAUUACCCUUGUUGACAGAGAAAAAGGCGGCGUAACUUGAAUAAACAUUCCUUUAAUAAGUACGACAUGCUCAACCAUACGAUCAACAAGACACUCUUCUU